UUUACAUGUAUGUUUUGCAAAAAAGUUAUUAAAGGUGGAGGGAUACAUCGACUUAAAAAGCAUCUUGCCGGAGUAGUUGGUGAUGUAAAAAUUUGCAAAACAGUGGAUGCAAAUACCAGAUUUAGGAUGCUCGAGAGUUUGAAUGAAACUUCAACAAAGAAGAAGAGAGCUGCAGAGACAUUUGAUGAUGAACAUCCUUUUGGUCCUAAUGUUGUGGAAUUGGCCGAUGAUGACACUAGUGAAAUACCACGUCCAGCAGUGCAUGUGUCGUGCUCCUCUCGACCACCAAAGAGAGCAGCUACAUCUCAAGAGGUGGGUAGUUUCUUUGCUCCAAGAACUACCCCCUGGUGCGCAACCAACAAUUAAGAGUGUGCUUGCAGGUAAAAAAGUUGUGCAUGAAGUUGAUAUUGCUAUUGCAACUUUUUUUCUUUGAAAAUUGCAUCCCUAUGAAUGCUUUGAAUUCAAGGUCUUAUCAGCGAAUGCUUGAUGCAGUUGCUUCUAUUGGGUCUGGAUAUAAAGGGCCAAAUUAUCAUGCUAUGAGAACUAGAUUAUUAUCUGAUAUGAAAAAAAAAGUCCAAUUGCUAGUUGAUAGUUGUCGUAGUCAAUGGGUAGAAACAGGAUGUACAAUCAUGGCAGAUGGGUGGCAAGAUCAAAAAAAUAGGCAAUUGAUUAACUUUCUAGUUUAUUGUCCUAUGGGAAUUAGUUUUAUAAGAUCCGUCGAUGCUUCAGAUAUUAUUAAAGAUGCAACUAAUCUUUGUAAUCUGUUUGUUGAAUUGGUUGAAUUUGUUGGUCCUAAAAAUGUUGUGCAUCUUGUAACGGAUAAUGCCGCUAAUUAUAAAGCAGCAGGAAGAAUGCUACAUGAUAAAUAUCCUCAUAUCUACUGGUCACCAUGUGCUGCGCAUUGUCUAAACUUGGUUUUAGGCGACAUAGGAAAAAUGGAACUUGUCCAAAGUCUAGCAAAACGUGCAUCAUUAAUUACAAAGUUUGUUUACAAUCAUGGGUUUUUGUUAGCUUUUUUGAGGAAGAGGGAAGGAUGGACAGAAAUUAUACGUCCUGGUCCUACUCGUUUUGCCACAACCUUUAUUGCAUUGAAGAGUCUUCACAAACACCAACAUGAUCUUACAGCUUUGGUAACUAGCAAAACUUUUGUUGAGUCUAUAUACUAUAGAGACCCAAAGGCUAGGGAUUUCAUUGCUGUUAUCCUAGAUUCUAGAUUUUGGAAUGAUGUUGAGAUUAUUGUUAAAAUUGUUGCACCACUAGUAUAUUUGUUAAGGAUUGUUGAUGGUGAUGAUAGGCCAUCACUUGGUUAUGUGUAUGAUGGCAUGUUUAGAGCAAAGAAAGCUAUUAAGAGCAUUUUCAUGAACAAAAAAUCCUUGUACAAACCUUAUACAAGGAUUAUCAAGCAAAGGUGGGAUAAACAUCUCCGUCAACAACUACAUGCUGCUGCUUAUGUUUUAAACCCAGCAUUCUAUUAUGAUAGGGAGAACUUGUCCCAAAAGCCCGAGGUUAUGGCAGGAUUUCUUGAAGUGUUGACUACACAAGUUGAUGGUAAUCGGACCAAAUUCUUGAAUGAAACCAAUCUUUAUCGUGGAAAGGUUGGUGAGUUUGGCAAACAAUUAGCUCUUGAUUCUAUUAAGCAUAUGCGUCCCGAUAUGUGGUGGAAUACUUUUGGACAUAGUGUGCCAAAUGUGCAAAAAUGGGCAAUUAAGAUACUUAGUCAAACUGCUUCAUCAUCGGGUUGUGAAAGGAAUUGGAGUGUCUUUGAAAGAAUACAUACAAAAAAGAGGAAUAGAUUGAAGCAUCAAAGGUUGAAUGAUCUUGUGUUUGUGCAUUACAACUUGCGUUUAAAAAAUAGAGCCUUCAACAAGAUGGGAGCCUAUGAUCCUAUAGACUAUGAGAGAAUAGAUGACAUUGAAUUUUGGAUCAUGGACGAAGAUACAAAUUCUACCCCCAUUCUUGAUUCCAAUGAGAUAGAAAGUAUGCUUUACAAUGAGGAAUCAAUUCCCAUAAUUGGUACUGACAAUGAGGAAGGUGAAUUGGCACCCACCAUUGGACUUCAAGAGGGGGGACUUAAUUUGGAUUCAUUUCCACAAGAAGAUGUGGAUAGUUAUAAUGGUGUUGAUGAUGAUGGUUUCCAUCAAUUUAAUGAUUGAUCAUUCGAUGCAUGAACUUUGAGUUUGAACUUGAAUAUGGGAGACUUGAAGAGGGGAGACUUAAUUUGAUAUUUUGAUGUUUGAAUUUAGAUUAUGAAUUUAUGUUUUAGUAUUUGGUAUGAAUUAUGUAUUUGGUAUAAGUAUUAUGAAUUUGGACUUUGUAUAAGUAUUAUUAAGUACUUGGUCUUGGUAUGAACAUCAUGCACUUUAAAACUAAAUUUUGUUAAUUUGUCAAUUUAUGUCUAAGUAUUUGUUAUUCUGU